GUUCGGAGCAACGCGGAAGAGGUGGAGUUCCAGUUGGGAGUUGUUGAAUACGGAAGCUGACCCGACCAGGACCAGUCACCGGACCGAGACCAAAACUAGCACUCUGAUAGCCAUAUUUUUAACAAACUGGAUGCAGAGAGGCUCGGUGAUUCUUUUUCGCUCACUUAAGACGUCACGCGCACAUUCCGUCUGCUAGCUGCUAAACGCUAGUUAGCCCGCUAGCUGCUAACGUCGGAGACUCGGCCAGUAACUUGCUAGAAGAAACCAUGAGUGGAGGAGUGAACAGCAUCGAGGCGGUGAAGAGGAAGAUCAAAGUUCUUCAAGCACAAGCUGAAGAAGCUGAAGAACGAGCAGAGAAGCUGCAAGGGCAACUGGAGGAGGAGAAGAGGGCUCGGGAAGAGGCCGAGGCGGAAGUGGCGUCUCUCAGUCGUCGUCUCCAGAUGACCGAGGACAAUCUAGACCAGACCCACGAGCAGCUGACCACGGCCAUCGGCAAACUGGACAAGCUGGAGAAGGUGGCCGACGAGAGCGAGCGAGGGAUUCGUGUGAUCGAGACUCGAGCUAUGAAGGACGAGGAGAAGAUGGAACUUCUGAAGGUCGAUCUCAAACAAGCCCAGCUGAUCGCCGAGGAGGCCGACCGCAAAUACGAGGAAGUGGCUCGUAAAUUGGUGAUGGGGGAGCGUGAUCUGGAGCGCGCUGAAGCCCGAGCAGAGCAAGCUGAAAGUAAUGCUAGGAGCUUGGAGGAGCAGUUGAGGAGUUUGGACCAAUCAGUGAAGAGCUUGCAGGCUUCUCAGGACAAGUUCUCCCAGCAGGAGGACCGCUACGAGGACGAGAUCCAGAAACUGAGCAGUAAACUGAAGGAGGCCGAGGCCAGAGCAGAGAGUGCGGAGCGUACGGUGACCAAACUGGAGAAAACCAUCGACGGCCUGGAAGACUCGCUGGAUGCGGCCAAGAACGCCAACAUGGAGCUGCAUGCCACCCUCAACCAGACCAUGGAGGAGCUCAACUCGUGCUGAACAACGGCGUCUCAAAGGGAACACUCGCGACCAUUCCUCUCGUUAAUCAGUGGGAUUAGUAGUCAGACGCUCGCUUGAUUUCUUGCUUGGCUUGGUGGAAACAGCCAAUUGUAUUCUUCUGCCAAACUAAAGGGGCCAAUUAGAGGUGAGAGACGCCUCUCUGGAUGAAAACAUGUUUUUAUGCUGUGAUGAUGCCAUCACAAGACGCCUUUUUCUAAAAUAAAAGCACCAAGUUCAAAUGUUA